UUCGUUUCCCUCCAUAUUGUGCUCUCUCUCUGCAUUUAAAACUGAAAGGUCGAUCCUGAGUUUUCAAGGGUAGAAAGCAAUGGCUAAGGCAACGAUUCGUACGGGAGCGACAGCGAAACCCAAUUCCGAGAUCAAGAAGACCACCACCCUCCUACAUCCUCCUUACUUUCAGAUGAUAACUGAAGCGAUAUCUUCGCUCAAAGAUCGUACUGGUUCGAGCCAACCUGCGAUUGCCAAAUUCAUUGAUGAAAAGUAUGGAACAGGGCUUCCCCCAAAUUUCAAGAAGGUUUUAUCCAUUCAAUUGAAGAAAUUCGCCCAAUCGGAGAGAUUGGUUAAGGUUAAAAACUCUUACAAAAUCUCUGCCACCGAGAAGGUCAAAUCGGUUAGCCGUGGAGUUGAAGUGAAGCGACAGAGGAAGGACAAUGCCGCUGUUGAAACGGUUACCGUUAAGAUGGAUAAGAAGAAGAAGAAGAAAAUUGAGGAGAAGGUAAAGAAGACGAAAGAAGCAGGGAUGGUCUCUACGCCAAAGAACAAGAAGAAGCCGGUGAAGACACUGAAACCAAAGGCAUCUAUCAAGAAGAUUGGGAAGGUGAAGCGGUUGAGCCAGGUUAAAACUCCCGAAGCUUUGAAGAAGAAAAGAGCUCCAACCCCAUGGAAAGCAUCGAAGUCCAUCAAGGGUUCGAAAGCUGUGCCCAAGAAAGUUCAAAAAAACUAAUUUUGGCUCUGGUUAUUCCUUCAAAAUAAGAAAUUAGUAGUUUCUUCUUGUAAAUGGUUUGUCAUUACUAAUUGGUUUCUUUGGAUUUGCAAAAAUAACUUGUUAUUCUGAGAUAAUGGUUGUUAGAUAGGUGUAAAUUCUCUUGUUUUAGAGGAAACACUUCAGGGUUUUCUCUUUAGGCUUCUGUGUGUGUGUGAAGUGAGACGUGGAACUCCAUGUAUCACAUAGAAAACAUAUAAUGACAUGAAUUGCAGACCCUUACUAAUGCGAUCUCCUAAUUUCAAAAAAAAGUUAUUAUUGUUA